CAAAAUACCAAAAAUAUGCAGUUGCUGAAAAUAUUUAAAGAAAAUUUAGCCGAGCCUUCUCCCAGAUUUUUGGAGAUGAAGCGCCAAGAAUCUGUCAUGGAUAUGGAACUUCCUGUUGCAGAGGAUGAUGGUUAUCCCCCGAUGAAUCUUGACAUGACAAAUCAAUUUCCUAAAGUCUUUGAGGGGAAAGACUGGAAUGAAUCAAAAAGUUAUGAUUACCAAAAUAUUUAUCACAAUGAAAGGUCUCUGGGCCAUCUGACGACUAUUUCAGAAGCAUCCUUUUUACUACCGUCUGCGGGUAGCAUCUCAGAUAUGGACACGAGUUUACAAA